UAGGUAAUUUACACUAUAUAUGAUAACUGUACUUGUGUGUACUUGUGCCUAAAUAAACUUAUUUAUUAUUCCAGGAAACAAUGUUUGAAUUAUAAUUCGCGCAAUAAUUGCCAAGUUUUAGAGUCCCUUAAGAACACCAACAACAGCCGGGUGUGUCUCCCAGCUGCUCUCAACAACUUAUACAAUGCAUGGACGUUUGAAAAUAAAGACAACAGCUGAGCAAGCAGCAGAGAAGCAGAAAGAGAGGGCAGAAAAAAGGAAGUUAUAUCUUGCAGGACUCACAAAGGCUUUUGCAAAGAGAACAUCAGGAAUUCACGAUGAAGAAGGACUGAAGAUAACUGCACAGCUUUUAAUAGUAAACCCAGAUGUUAGCACACUUUGGAACUUUCGGCGAGAGAUUCUCUUAGCCAUGAAGGGAGAAGAUCAAGAGUCAUGGGAGAAAAGUCUUACUGGGGAAAUGACAAUGGUAGAAAAUUGUCUAAUGAAGAAUCACAAAAGUUAUGGAGCAUGGCACCACCGCUGCUGGGUAAUGGAAAACUUCUCCUCGCCACCUUGGACAGCUGAACUAGCACUUUGUGACAAGUACUUGAAAGUAGAUGAAAGAAAUUGUAAGCAUUAAUUAUGGUGAAUUUGA